UGGCAACCAGUCAUUAUACAGCGCCGUCUUUUCCCCUUUCUGCUUCCAUUUCCUUAUUCUUUUCUCAUGUAAAUGAAUGAAAAUGGCUCAUAUGCUGCCCUGCUACUUGCACAUUUCUAAAGGAGUCUGUGUAAAUACUCCCCCUACAAGUAAAGGAACUAGAUUUAGUCAUGCAAGGAGAAUUAGCGGGCACAAACUACACGUGUCUAGUAGUAAGGGUUGCGUUGUUCAGUGCUGUAGGGCUUCGUCAACCUCAACUUCAUCAACAGCUAGAGAGUAUUUGGCGAGCGAGUUUGGUUGGAAAGUGAGGAGGUUGACCAGGGAGGAACAUGAGAUGAAUGAAGUUGCUCAAAUUCAAGCUGAAGCUUUCCAUACACCUAUGGCUCUCUUUGAUGAUUUGUUCUUCCAAUUCUUUAAGGCUGAAGUUCUUUCUGGGCUAAUUUACAAGCUUAGGAACUCCCCACCGGACAGAUAUGCAUGUUUGGUAGCUGAGCCUGCAGUUGAUUCUUCCAAGUCCGAGAGCAAACUUGUUGGGAUUGUGGAUGCCACGGUGUUGAGAGAUGAAGCUGUUCUGCAGCAUCUCAAUGGAGCAGAAGAGUAUCUCUACAUUUCAGGAAUAGCUGUUUCGCAAAGUUUCAGGAAGCAGAAAAUAGGCAGCGUUCUGCUAAAAGCCUGUGAUGUGCUCUCCACUUUAUGGGAGUUUGAGUAUCUUGUCCUUCGGGCAUAUGAAGAUGAUGUGGCGGCUCGCAGAUUGUACUCAAAUGCAGGUUACAAAGUUGUUUCAAUUGAUCCUCAAUGGGUGACUUGGAUUGGAAGAAAACGACGCGUUGUUAUGAUCAAGCAGUCUAAUUUGCUUAGUUCACAUUUCUAGUUUUUCAAUCACAAUUGUAAUCCAGGCACACAAGUACAGAGCCUAUAAUGAGUGUGCUUACUUGCAGAAAAUGUAAAUUUAUAUAAAUGAUAAACAGUCUUUUCCCUGUAGAAA